CUUUACCACUGACCCCGAUAAGACCGAGAAGGAAAGCAGCUCGGGUCCCAGUUAACGUGAGGAGAAAAAUCGCUGUAGUAAACAGGGAAGGCAUAUAACUGUGAACACCCAAGUGUUUUCUUAUCAAGCUUACGAAUGUCCGUUCCAUUCUGUGGAGGGAAAAGUAUAGUUCAUAAUGGAAACGACAAGACAAAGGUAUCACACCGAAGUAGAUAACAACUUCCAUGGUGGGCCUCUCACAGGGGUUUCCCAGGUUGACUGCCACAGAAAAGUAAGACAUGCAGAAGACCAGAUAGAAGCAGAACAAGUCAAAUCGAUUAACGCUGAUGAAAAACACUUGGUGUGUGCGGAGACUGUUUUGUCUGAACGCAUUGGAGCCCGUAUCGGAAAAAAACCUUAUCGUUGUGACCAGUGUGACUAUUCUACAAUGCAUAAAAAGGAUUUGUUUACACAUCUGGUAAAAAAACACGGUGAGAAACCCUACAUGUGUAGGGAGUGUGGUUUCAGAACCGCCCACAGGCCAAGUGUGUAUCAACAUAUGAAAAAUCAUACAGGAAAAAGACCUUACAAAUGUGAGCAUUGUAACUAUUCUGCAGCAAAGAAACCCAACCUUGACGAACAUAUAGCAGCAAAACACACUGGUGAGAAACUCUACAUGUGUGGUGAGUGUGGGUACAGGGCAGUUAAAAAAUCUACCUUAUCCAGACAUAUGAGAACUCAUACCGGAGAAAAACCCUACAAGUGUGACCAGUGUGAGUAUUCUGCAGGGCAGAAAUGCUCUUUGGACAUCCAUAGAUUAGCAAUACACAGUGGGGAGAAAUCCUACAUGUGUGAAGAGUGCGGGUACAAGACUGUUCAAAAGUGUAAGUUAUCCAGACAUAUGCGAACCCACACCGGAGAAAAACCCUACAAGUGUGACCAGUGCGAGUAUUCUUCAGCACAGAAAUGCACAUUGGACAUCCAUAAAUCAGCAAUACACAGUGGUGUGAAACCCUACAUGUGUGGAGAGUGUGGAUAUAGGACUGUUUAAAAGUCUAAGUUAUCCAGACAUAUGCGAACACAUACAGGAGAAAAACCCUACUAGUGUGACCAGUGCGACUAUUCUGCAACACAGAUAUCCACUUUGGACAUCCAUAAAUCAGGAAUACACAGUGUGGGAGGUGCGGGCUCAGGACAGCUCGAAAGUCUAACCUAUCUGGACACAUGCAAACUCGUACGGGGAAAAUGACGUAACACAACAAUUGCAGCCAGCACGACCGUUACCUGACAGCACGACAGUUACCUGACAGCAUGACAGUUACCUGACAGCACGACCGUUACCUGACAGCACGACAGUUACCUGACAGCAUGACAGUUACCUGACAGCACGACAGUUACACGACAGCACGACAGUUACACGACAGCACGACAGUUACACGACAGCACUACAGUUACACGGCAGCACGACAGUUACACGACAGCACGACAGUUACACGGUAGCACGACAGUUACACGGUAGCACGACAGUUACACGGCAGCACGAUAGUUACACGGAAGCACGACAGUUACAGGGCAGCACGACAGUUACACGGCAGCACGACAGUUACACGGCAGCACAACAGUUGCACGGUAGCACGACAGUUACAGGGCAGCACGACAGUUACAGGGCAGCACGACAGUUACACGGCAGCACAACAGUUACACGGUAGCACGACAGUUAUAGGGCAGCACGACAGUUACAGGGCAGCACGACAGUUACACGGCAGCACAACAGUUACACGACAGCACGACAGUUACACGGUAGCACGACAGUUACACGGUAACACGACAAUUACAGGGCAGCACGACAGUUACACGGCAGCACAACAGUUACACGACAGCACGACAGUUACGACAGUCUGGAUACAGGAAAUAAACUAAUAAGUGACAGAUGGACUCUGUCCGGCCCUUCCGGAAAUCAACGACGCUUCCCUUCUUCUGAUGAUUAUUGCGAGGCACUUGUAGCAGAGAAAAGCCAUGUGAAGUUUAACGUGUGGACUUAAAAUAUGAUCCUACCAACUGCAGGGACAUUUUUGGCAAAACAUGAUUCCCAAGAGGAUAACCGAAGCAAUGAACGGCGGAUUUCCACUAUUUUAGGUAUGCACGUAGCUUAGUCAAAAAUGUACCAAAUGAUAUGCAUGUUAUGCAAAUGAGGGUUUAAUUUUCAUAAUUAAUGAGGAAACUAUAUAAUUCCGUUGUCUUCCAUACUGGGCUACAAUAAAUGUCUCACAUAGAAUUCAUGAAUAGUGCGACUAUUUUGCAGAAAGGUAAUUUGCUCAAGCAUGUGGAAGCAAAACAUGCGAGAAUCCCAACAUGUGUGGGUAUGGAGAUGCCUGACAAUUCAAAAGUCUGAACUUGUUAAGCAUAUGAGAACCCACAAGUGUGCUAUAAGUGUGGUCAGUGAGCCUUUGCAACAUCAAGUUUCUACAAUUAACAAGACACACAGGUGACACAUAAUAAUAAUAAUAAUGUAAACACAUGGGUUUUAAUGGUGCACUGCACCGUCGGCGGAGCCUCUACUUCGGCGUUCGGAACGCAAGAACCUGCAGGCUGGACGAGGGACGUGUGGGGUUAAUGAGAGAAGCCGUCUGAAGUUUAAAAGUAAUUCUGCAUGUUAAGAUUGCCUGUAUCAUUUAGUUCCUUUGGGCAUGAAAGUCCUUUCUUUAGGACAGAAUUACUCCACGUAUGUUUAAGGAAUAAUGUAAUCUCCAUGCAGACCCUUAGUGGCAAAUUUGAGCUUGCUUGGUCAAUGAUGAUUGUUUGUGUACAUGGAUACUGUCUGCCUGCCACCAAAGAUCAGCUUGGAGCUCAAACUUUAUAGAUGUUUGCAAACAAACAACAGUUUGUCCAAAGUACCCUGAAGCAUCUAACUUCGUUUGAUGUACUUCUGAUAUGUAUUGAUAUCAUGCCUGGUAGUAUGAAAUUAUAGUCUGUCCAUUUAAUUUAUUUCCGUCUGAAUGUACUCUGUUUAGGUUCGGCAUUUUUAUCUCUUAGACAAACCACAAUGGACGGCUAAAAAGGUCUUGAUGAAAAGGGUUAAACCAGUUACAAUCGUAAAAUGAUCCUCAUCUGUGUUUGUUACCUUACGUGUAAGGCAAUUGCUGACUGAGAUAUUUAGUUGUUUUAAAACGUUUUGAACCUUACUAAUUUCUAUGUAUUGCCGUUUUUACAUCAAAGGUGAAAACUUUGCUUGAGCAAGUAUUUUUCUUUUGUAUUGUGCACGCGUUGCAGACAUCUUUCUUAAAUAGUGUAGAUUAGCACAUCUACCACUCCUCUGGCACUCAAUCCAUGUAACAUAGAGCAUACCGUUAUGAAUAUUAAUCAUGGUUUGCUCCCAGAAGCCGUAAGAUAAGCAGAGUUACCACUUUUUGUUACGCAGAUAAGCUUGUAUUCCACUGGUUAAUUAGUGGUAGUGUCUUACAACACCGUUUGACCUGUAUUUUAUAUCAACUUGUAUUGCAUCGGUUAACGUAGCGAUACCAUUUAAAUUUUUUACUAGCCUUACGCAAAAUGUUGUAUGAAGCUAUAGACUUUAUUCAAAUUGCAGUUGCUCUACUUACCUUAGGAGGCUGUUGUUAAGUACCUCUUACGUUUAACCCUAUUGUACUACAGUUUUUGUUGUUGUUCCAGUAUAUUUUACCCCUUUCUGUCUGCCUCCCUUGGUUG